CUAUUAACUGAUAUGCCUAAACCAAUGAAUUCAACAUAUGGAAAUAUAUCUUUAUGGCCUAAAAACGGCGAGUCGUAAAAACUGAAGUCAUAACAAAUCCAAAUAAGACAUUAUAUAUAUACAUCGCAUUAAUGAACUAAAGGGAAUGAUAAUAAUUGGGUGAGUAUAGGUAUGGCACAAGCACAAAAGAUGUGGGGAAGUUCAAAACUUGCAAAUUGUGAUGCUUAUUUUGAGAUGAUACAGUCCAGGAAGAAAUUACCACAGCCAUUGCAGGAGACUUUAACUUCUGCAUUUGCAAGGAUUCCAGUCUCAUCAUUCCCACUAGUGCCUGGAGGCAAAGUCAUUGAGAUUCCAGCAGAAACAUCCGUUGCUGAUGCUGUCAAGAUUUUAUCCAAAUGCAACAUAAUGUCUGCUCCAGAAAAAACAGAUGCAGGAACCAGUUCUGACUGGAGAGAUACAUACCUAGGAAUUCUAGAUUACUCGGCAAUUGUUCUUUGGGUGUUAGAGAGUGCAGAACUUGCAGCUGUUGCUUUAUCCGCCAGUACUACGACAGUUGCUGGUGUGGUUGCUGGAGCUUUAGGCACUACUGGAGCAGUAGCAUUGGGCAUCACAGGUCCAGAUGCAAUUGCUGGGCUAACUGCUGCUGCAGUUGGUGCCGCUGUAGCUGGUGGCGUGGGUGCAGAUAAGGGGCUAGGAAAAGAUGCUCCUGCAGCUGCUAACAACUUGGGGGAGGAUUUCUACAACGUUAUCCUUCAAGAAGAACAUUUCAAGUCAACCACUGUGAGAUCAGUACUAAAAUCAUACCACAGUGCGCCUUUCCUUCCAGUAGCAACAGACAGUUCAAUGUUGAGCGUCUUACUUCUGCUCUCAAAGUAUAGGCAGCGAAAUGUACCUGUGAUUGAACCAGGAAAACCUGAAAUUCAGAACUUCAUUACUCAAUCUGCAUUUGUCCUUGGUCUAGAGGGAUGCAAGGGAAGGGAUUGGUUUGAUUGUAUUGCUUCACGAAGUAUUUCAGAUUUUGGACUUCCUUUCAUGUCUGCUGAUGAGGUUGUUAGCAUCCAGAGCAGUGAAUUGAUUUUAGAAGCUUUCAAGCAAAUGAGAGAGAACCAAAUUGGUGGUCUUCCAGUUGUAGAGGGUCCAAAGAAGAAAAUUGUCGGGAGUCUAAGCAUAAGGGAUAUAAGGCAUUUGUUGCUCGAACCAGAACUUUUCACCAAUUUCAGGCAGCUCACUGUAUCAGAUUUCACACAAAUCAUCAGCUCAACCCAAGAAACAGGCAGAGUCAUCCCGCCAAUAACAUGCAAGGUGGAUGUAACUCUUGGUAGUGUGAUCCAUAUUCUUGCUUCAAAGUCAGUUCACCGAAUUUAUGCAGUUGCUGGGAAUGAAAAUGAAAUAGCUGGUGUGAUUACACUCAGAGAUGUGAUCGCUUGUUUCGUAUAUGAGCCCCCCAACCAUUCUGAUAACUAUUUGGGCUUUUCAGUAAAAGAUGUUUUGAAUGAUUGAUAAUGCUUAUAUAAACAUCUAUAAUAACUUCAGGAGAUGCAGAAAAACAAGAUCUUGUUAGAGACUAGCAAGAGUGGAGUUGAAACUGUUAUAUCCAUCAUAGCGUAAUGUAGUUCCUUCUUAUGUAACUCCAAUCAAACUAUAUCCUGGCAGUUUUCUUAA